AUCGACAAUCUUUGGUAGUGACCGUGGGAGCGCUGUAAUUGGCGGCGGCAGAAGAGAAAGGAAGUAUUUAGUUCACUGCGAGGUCUCAUUGGAAGACAAAGUCGAAGAUUAUUCAGCGCAGUGUUUAUCCUCAAGUAGUUGUCUAUUUGUUUUUACCCCAAAAGAAAAAAUACAACUCUUUGACAAUGUCUUUUAACAAGGGUCCAGCCUUCGGAUUAUCAGCGGAAAUCAAAAACAAGAUCGUACAGAAGUACGACGUUCAGAAAGAGGAGGAGCUGAGGGUCUGGAUCGAAGACCAAACCGGCUGUACCAUCGGGCCCGACUUCCAGAAAGGCCUGAAGAAUGGAGUCAUUUUGUGCACCCUUAUAAACAAACUCAGCCCAGGCUCUGUGAAAAAGAUCAACCAGUCAGCGCUGAACUGGCAUCAGCUGGAGAACCUGACAAACUUCACCAAAGCUACGACAGCGUUUGGCUUGAAGCCUCAUGAUAUCUUCGAGGCCAAUGACCUGUUUGAGAACGGCAACAUGACGCAGGUCCAGUCAACGCUGCUCGCUCUGGCUAGCAUGGCCAAGACCAAGGGCUGCCAUUCAACCGUGGACAUCGGGGUGAAGUACGCCGACAAGCAGGAGAGGAUGUUUGAUGAUGAGAAGAUGAAGGCAGGACAGUGUGUCAUCGGACUACAGAUGGGGACAAACAAAUGUGCCAGUCAAGCAGGUAUGAACGCGUAUGGCACCCGGAGGCACCUGUAUGACCCCAAAGUUCAGAUCCAGCCCCCCAUGGACAACACAACCAUCAGCCUGCAGAUGGGAACCAACAAGGGAGCGAGCCAGGCUGGGAUGACGGCUCCGGGGACACGGCGUGCCAUCUACGACCAGAAGCUGGGCACGGACAAGUGUGACAACAGCACUAUGUCCCUGCAGAUGGGCUACAGCCAGGGCGCCAACCAGAGCGGCCAGAACUUUGGCCUGGGCCGACAGAUCUAUAACGCCAAGUACUGUCCUAAAGCCGGAGAGGUCCCGGACGAGCAAAACGGAGCCGUUGGCGCGCGUGAAUUCAUCCCAGAUUUCCAAGAUGAGGGAUACCAAGGUUACCAGGAAGAAGAGCCGGUGUACCAAGAAGAAGGGACAGAUUACUAGGAUGGAAGUAAAGAAGGAAGAAAAGAGAUUGUCCAGAGGAGGCGUAAACCCUCAAGUCUCACAGGAUGUUGCACCUUCUUUUUUGGUCAGAUCCUUUUUAGUAUUGUAUGAAAAAAAAAAGUCCCCUAUUUGUGCAAGAAACCAAUGUUACACAUAUCAUGUUGAGCUGUAAUUCUGUGAUUUUUGUAUUUAAAGUGACCACAAAAGCCAAUCUCUUUGGCUUGGCUAGUUUUCUAUCCCAGGGAUUUUUUUUAUGUGCCAAAGCCCUACUCUAUUUCUUCUCAGUGUUUUUGGCUGAGUUAUUGAUUAAAUUAAGGGAGAUUCCAAGCUUUUGUAAGGGCAACUCAGAAAUAUUAGAGUUGUUUCAACCUUUUUUAAAGUAUGUAAAACAUGUUUUGAUCAAACACCCAUGCCUGUGUUAAUAUGUAACAUUCCAUCUCCUGUAUAAAGAACCAUGAUUCCUGUGAAUGUUAAUGUGUUUGUACUUCAGUAUCGUCUUUCCCCUGGUAUUGUUAUUUGACGGACGGAAGUGAAAAUGUCUGGUUGCCGAGACCAACAAGGGAACAAAAAGCUUUUUAAGAACAAAAUAGUCUUAGCUUUCAUAAAGUGUAAUUUCUCUCAUUCAUGUCCCUUUUCUUUAUUGUUGUUUUUAUUAGUGAAGGAAAUAUUUCCUUUGUUUGCAUAACCAGUCCUACUGGAGAAAAGCUUGUUUUCUCUGGAUGAAACAUGGAGGGGAAGUGGAUACAAUAACACAGUGAGGUUUUUUACAUUCCAAGCAAAAAUACUGGAUUCUUUUGUGUCAGUAAAGUUUAAGGGUUGAAAAAAAGACUAUAUUUGAUCAUUUCAUUAUUAUUUAUGCAUAUUUGAAUGGGGGGGUUGUUUUGUACCUUGACUCUGAAUAUCAUUUGGUAUGUGCAUCGUUUCUUUCCUUUUGUAUUGAGAAGUAUGUUUUUGUGAACAUGGUGUAAUAAAGAUGUGUAUUCAUUA